AUGGACUACCUCUCUUGGACCAGAGCUGUUGAGCACUACAUUAUAGCUAUUGAGCACUACAUUAUAGCUGUUGAGCACUACAUUAUAGCUGUUGAGCACUACAUUAUAGCUGUUGAGCACUACAUUAUAGCUGUUGAGCACUACAUUAUAGCUGUUGAGCACUACAUUAUAGCUGUUGAGCACUACAUUAUAGCUGUUGAGCACUACAUUAUAGCUGUUGAGCACUACAUUAUAGCUGUUGAGCACUGCAUUAUAGCUGUUGAGCACUACAUUAUAGCUGUUGAGCACUACAUUAUAGCUGUUGAGCACUACAUUAUAGCUGUUGAGCACUACAUUAUAGCUGUUGAGCACUACAUUAUAGCUGUUGAGCACUACAUUAUAGCUGUUGAGCACUACAUUAUAGCUGUUGAGCACUACAUUAUAGCUGUUGAGCACUACAUUAUAGCUGUUGAGCACUACAUUAUAGCUGUUGAGCACUACAUUAUAGCUGUUGAACAUUACUUUUCAUUGUAA